AUUGAGGAAACCCUGGCGCUUACAAAUUAAACUUCCAUAUUUAGUUUCUUGAAACAGUUUCUCAUUCUUCUUUUAUUACACUUUGCAAUGAAAUUACCAACAAAAUGAGGAGCAAUGUUACUACACAUGAGAAUGCGAAGAAGACUAGGAAGGUUUCUAAAGGAACAGAGAGGACGGCUUUACAUUAUGAGAAGAUGUGUAAUCAUUCUUCUUUGCUGGCAUGACUAAUUAAUGCCAUGUCAAAUUGUCAUUGUGCAUGGAUGAGCCGAAGAUGAAGAGUCAAACUUUUUUAAGCCUCGAUAGAUAGAGUUAUUCGAUACCUUGUUAGGUGUUUGUUCUGAUUUUCUUACCAUAUUUGAUUUUUAUAUUUCUUGAAGGAAGGACAAUAUAUUUACCGUAAUUGAUUUUACCUUUUACAAAGAGAAAAAUAUAAUUCUUCUAUAUUUGACUAAUUCUUUUUCUCGGUGAAAAUAUUUUGGACUUCUAUAAAUUAAGGAUCAUUCCUUCUCAUUUAGUAACAUCCACAAUGUAGUCCUUAAGAUUUUUGAGAGUCUUGUUUAGGAAUAAAAAUUGCGAGACAAGUGUUAUGUUAUCACUUGUAUGUACCUCUUUGUGAGAUUGUUUUCUCGAUAUUUUGUACUCUUUUUUAUAUAGUUGAUUGCUCAUCUCUGCCUGUGGACGUAUGUCAAUUAAUCGAACCACGUUAAA